GCUAUUUCCUUUCAAAGAUGAACGCUCCCAAGCUGUCGCGCGACACAACAAACCCUGCAGAAGUAGUGAUGCGUGUCCCACCCACCCAGAAGGUAUUGUAGCGGUCCGGACUCAGAGCGGACCGAGGUCAGGCGCCACACUCCUUCGUCUCGUGUCUUUAGUGGUUGUUUAAAAUGUUCUUCAAAGCGUUCAAGAAUGUAGCUCCUGUUCCCACCAGUGGGAUUCUCACAGUGGGCCUAGGCUCGUGUGUUUUGUUUUGCCUUCAAACUUUUUUGAACUUGACUCAGGGGGUCUUUAGCAUCGGGGUUGUCGUUUUUCAAAGCGGACACCUGCACAGACUCCUGUUGUUUCCCUUUUACCACCAAACACUGAGCCAGCUGCUUCUGAACAUUGCUGCUUUGCUGUUUCUGUGCGGAAGUGUGGAGAAAAGUGUCGGCACUGUCCACUUCCUGUUCCUCUUCCCCUUGCUGUCCUCCACCACGGGUGCCUUCUACAGUUUCCUGGAUCUUCUGCAGGAUGAAAACACGCGGACUCCCACCGAAGGUCUGCUCCCCGUGACCCUGGCCUGUGUGGCUAUGACGACCAUGCACACUAAAAUGACCAGAGGGUUUCUUUGUGGGGUCAGUUUCCCCUCCGUGGCCCUCCCUUGGCUGAUCCUCGUGUUCUGUACUGUCCUCAUUCCUCGCAGCGUGAUGCUCUGUAACGCCAUCGGCAUCCUGAUUGGGUGGGUGUAUGGUAAAGGGUGGUUCUCCCCAAUGAACAUGUCUGAGGCCAGGGCUGCAGUCCUGGAGAAAAUGAUGCCAUUCAGGUUUUUGAGGAGGAUCAGUGGUGUGAUGUUUGUUCCUGCCUCCAUGGAGGAAAGGAGGAAGACUGUUCUGCCGCAAAUAAACCCCACUCCAGGGUCCUACCCAGUCCAGGCAUAUGCUCCGUUAUCCAGCACCAACACAGCCAAUACCGCAACCUACGAAGGCUGGCCACAAAUGACCGACACGCCUCCUGGUGCAAAGCCAUCUUUGAAUCUUCAUGAACAGCUUCCAGCAGCACGUGGUGGUGGACACAAUCAUGGACACUUGUUAGGCCAGAUCUUUGGACACAACUGUACCCACAACCACAGCCAUGGACAGAAACAGUAGUGUGGUUAUGGUUCUUCUGUUUAACGACGUUUUAUUGCAUCAGCAUGAAGGAUGUCACGUAUACAUUCAUUUAAAGCUGUGCUUUUAAGUCUCACUGGUGUUUUUGUCAUUUUAGUAUCUGCUACUAAUGUUUCUAUAAUAAAUAUUUUUAUCUAACAUACGA